UAUUUUUCCAAAACCUAACCUCAACACGUGGCGUCCUCAAUUGAGUGAAGGGAAUUCUAGUUGCAAAGAAAAUUCGAGUUAAUUUCCACAAUGUCUGCAGAUUUUUAUAUCCGUUACUAUGUGGGCCACAGGGGCAAGUUCGGGCACGAAUUUUUGGAGUUCGAGUUCCGGCCGGAUGGCAAAUUGCGCUACGCCAACAAUUCCAACUACAAGAACGACACGAUGAUUCGCAAGGAAGUUUAUGUGCAUCAGUGCGUGAUGGAGGAAUUGAAGCGGAUUAUCGUCGAUUCGGAAAUCAUGCAGGAAGACGACGCGCUUUGGCCGCCUCCAGACCGCGUUGGGCGUCAGGAGCUGGAAAUCGUCAUCAAUGAUGAACACAUUUCGUUCACCACCUCCAAAACGGGCUCAUUGGUGGACGUCAGUCAAUCGAAGGAUCCCGAGGGGCUUCGCUGCUUUUACUACCUGGUGCAGGAUCUCAAGUGUCUCGUGUUUUCGCUGAUUGGCAUGCACUUUAAGAUUAAGCCCAUAUAAACUAACUGUAAGGUGAUUAUCAAUGAUUAAACCUACUUUUCCUUAUA